GUUCUCCCAGUAGGUCUUUUCCCACAGACUCUGAUCCAAUCAUGUCAAAGUCUAAGGAUACGGGUUCUUCCAUCAUCCAGACCCAGCAGAUGCAUGCUGCCAUGGCUGACACCCACCUUGAGCACAUGUGCCUGUUGGACAUCGAUUCUGAGCCUGCAGUGUCUCGCAACACUGGCAUUAUCUGCACAAUCGGACCUGCCUCCCGUUCUGUGGACAUGCUCAAGGAAAUGAUCAAAACUGGGAUGAACAUUGCAAGAAUGAACUUCUCUCACGGCACACACGAGUAUCAUGCUGAGACCAUCAAGAAUGUGCGUGAGGCAACUGAGAGCUUUGUGCCUGGCUCUAUUGAGUACAGACCAGUGGCUGUCGCUCUGGACACCAAGGGACCAGAAAUCAGGACUGGUCUUAUCAAGGGGAGUGGCACAGCUGAGGUUGAGCUGAAGAAGGGUGAAACUAUCAAGCUUACCCUGGACGACCAGUACAAAGACAACUGUGAUGAAAAAGUCUUGUGGCUCGACUACCAGAACAUCACCAAGGUCCUGCAGGUCGGAAACCAUGUCUUCAUUGAUGAUGGUCUCAUGUCCCUUAAGGUUAAGGAAAUUGGCAACAACUUCCUGAUUUGCGAAAUUGAGAAUGGCGGUAUGCUGGGCAGCAAGAAGGGUGUCAACCUGCCCGGAGCUGCUGUGGACCUCCCUGCUGUGUCAGAGAAGGACAUUCAGGACCUGCAGUUUGGUGUGGAGCAGGGUGUCGACAUGGUCUUCGCCUCCUUCAUCCGUAAGGCUGCUGAUGUGCACGCAGUCAGGAAAGUGCUGGGUGAGAAGGGAAAGCACAUCAAGAUCAUCAGCAAGCUGGAGAACCACGAGGGUGUGCGCAGAUUUGAUGAGAUCCUGGAGGCCAGCGAUGGUAUCAUGGUUGCCCGUGGUGACCUGGGUAUUGAGAUCCCAACAGAGAAGGUCUUCCUUGCCCAGAAGAUGAUGACUGGCCGGUGCAACAGGGUCGGCAAGCCCAUCACCUGUGCCACGCAGAUGCUGGAGAGCAUGAUCAAAAAGCCUCGCCCCACUCGUGCUGAGGCCAGUGAUGUGGCCAACGCUGUGCUGGACGGCAAUGACUGCAUCAUGCUGAGCGGUGAGACUGCCAAGGGAGACUACCCCCUGGAGUGUGUGCGCACACAUCACAUGAUUUCCCGUGAGGCCGAGGCUGCCAUGUUCCACAGGCAGAUGUUUGAGGAGCUGCGCCGCACCUCUCACCUGACCCGUGACCCCACUGAGUCUGUCGCCAUUGGUGCAGUCGAGGCUUCCUUCAAGUGCUGCGCCAGUGCCAUCAUCGUGCUCACCAAGACCGGCAGGUCUGCACACAUGCUCUCCAGGUACAGGCCGCGUGCUCCCAUCAUUGCCGUGACCCGCUGUGGCCAGACUGCCCGCCAGGCUCACCUGUACCGCGGUAUCUACCCUGUGCUCUACACCAAGCCCGCCAAUGAUGUCUGGGCAGAGGAUGUUGACCUGCGCGUGAACUUUGCCAUGGAAGUUGGCAAGCACCGCAAGUUCUUCAAGACUGGUGAUGUGGUCAUUGUCGUGACCGGCUGGCGUCCAGGCGCUGGUUACACCAACACCAUGCGUGUUGUGCUCGUGCCUUGAAUUCCAUCCGAGGACAUUGUUCACCUCUCCCCCUCCCCUCUGCUCUAACCUCCCUCCCCCUAUAGAAGUCAUCUUCUUCCUGCAAGACUUUUCCGAAAGCCAUCUACAUUACCAACAGAAAGACAAGACCAGGCCACUUCUGCAAAGGACUUUUGAUGGUGUCGUUCAUAGACAUUAACUCCAUGAUUCCUGUCACCCAUGUGUGGCCAUUUCCACACAUGGGUACUCCAAGUCCACUUGCCAGAGGCUGCACUUGACUGAAAACCUUUCAAUAGAAACUGUUUCGUUUUACGUUUUGGUCACAUUGCCAUGUGCCUCCAUGUGUUUGCACGGAGAACAAUGUGGAGGCUUACGUUCCUGUGCAUUCAGUGUAAGAGGAGUAACAUGGUUGUCACAUAAAUAUUUUCCAAGAACACCUUACGACAGUUCCUUAAUGUUUUGUUCAUUUACAAUGUUUCUACCCAGGAUGAAGAAGUGCAGUUCUGUAGUGUAAUGGGUUUGUCUUAUGUGACAUAGAACAAAGUGCUCAUCUGGUUUGUUAAGUGGUCUGACUUGACUUGGUUUCCAUCCAUUAAAAGGAACACUUGGAUCAACUA